AUGAAGGCAUUUGUGAGCUUGGUCCUCGACAAAAAGAUCGACACUCUUGAAUCUGCAAUCAAACAACACAUCAACGUUCUGGAGUUUCAUCAUGUCGUCUGGCUCAUUGGUUCUGGGGAGUCGAAAUCGUCACCCGAUGACAACAAGUCAAAUCCCUUCAGGCUCGUUCCAUUUGAUCGAAAUCCAUUGUUCGUCGGUAGAGAUUCCAUCGUUGAAAACCUCGACCAAGCGUUCACUGGCAAAGAGGGCAGCCAACCCAAAGCUGCCCUUUGUGGUCUUGGGGGUAUCGGGAAAUCCCAAAUUGCGUUGGAAUACUGUUGCAGGGCGCGGGGAAAGCUUUCGGUAUUCUGGAUCCACGCCGCCACAGCGACCAGGCUCCAGGAGUCAUUCACUCUCAUUGCAAACCACUGCGGUUUGACUGAACGGAGCGACUCGACCAGCGACAAAGUCAUGAUUGUGCAUGACUGGCUACAAUACCAAUACAAACCCCUGGAUCAUGUGACAAGACACUAUGGGGUUGCAUUCCGCGAAAGCCUCGCGGCAGGUUGCUCUUCAACAAUAAGAUCACAAGACAUUGCAAGGCGGGUGACCAAUUCGAGUCCGAGAGCCUUCAUCAAAAUCCCAAAACUGGUCAAAACACGAAUGGAAGAAGGGCUCCCACAGGAUGAUGAGGUGAUAAGAAAGCUGGUCGAAGCGUUAGAGCACAUUCCCUUGGCACUGACCCAAGCGCUGGUAUAUAUUUCGACGCGUGAGAUAACCAUCGGCGAGUAUCUAGAGGAAUAUCACGGCAGCAAUACUACGCAGCUCAAGCUCCUGUCAUUUGACUUCACAGAUCACGGUCGUCAGGAGGAGUCUCUUGUGUCAGUCGCCAAAGCCUGGUCUAUCUCGUUCAGGGCUGUCCAAAAUCCGCAUGCCGCCAAAUUGCUCUAUCUUGUGAGCUUCUUUCAAAAUCAGAGCAUUCCUGUUUUACUUGUACAGGAUGUUGACUACGACUACCGUGAUAAUCAAGGCAGCCUGAAAGCAGAGACAAUCACGGAAGAUGAUGCCAGGGAGGCGUUGGUUAUUCUACGCGCUUAUUCUUUGGUUAAUAUUCACGGCAACCCACCGAGGCAGACCCUGAGCACCCAUCGUUUGGUCCAGAUUGCCACGAGGUGGUGGCUCAAAACAGACGGCCUUGAUGAAGAGAACAACUGGGCAUUCGCGGCUCUUCGUUCAAUUAAGCGGCGCUUUCCCAAAGGGCUGGAGGUUUGUAAUGCCGAUUGGUGGACACUGAGUCAAUCACUCUUGCCACAUGUAGAUCUUAUUCUCAACUACAAGUGUACGAGCAGCUCUGCUGGCUUACAGAGAGAGAUUGAUAUUGAACAAUCCCGGCUUCUUUACCACGUUGGAUACUAUCACGUCGUAAAUGGUGGUUACAACGAAGGGACAGCUUGCUUUCAACAGUGCUUGACACUGGAAAAAGAACACUUUGGUGAGGGUCAUGUGGAAACAAUGUCUACCAUGGAUUUGCUAGUAUGGCUGCUUGGAGUACGAAAACUAAACGUACGCGACGGGGUUGAGUUGGGUGAGAACUUGCUCAGAGUGCGUAUGGAUAUUCUGGGACAGGACCACCCGAAUACCAUGCGCAGCCAAAGUCACCUUGCCACAGCACUAGCAACCACCUGCGAAAGAGAUCGAUCAGUGGUCAUGCAGACGGACGUGGUCGAGAGGAGUGAACGUGUACUUGGCAGGCAUCACACGGAUACACUGCAGUACAAGGCAAGUCUAGCAUACAUCCUGCGGGAAACGGGAAACCUGGCCGGGGCAAUAUUGUUAUGGCGCGAGGUUUGCCAAGAAACCGAGAAGCAGGUCAGGAACAAAGAUUUACUCGUUUUGGAGUGCCAGAGUAACCUGGCCAGUAGCCUGAUGGAAGGGCCGGACACGAGAGAAGAAGGACUCGAUCUUCUGCACCAUGUUUUACAGACAGGUGUGGAUGUUCUGGGCCUUGACCAUCCCGAGAUGCCUCUGGCGGCCGACCAUCUCGUCUAUUAUCUCGACCUGGAUGGCCGAACCGCCAGGGCCUUGGAACUGGCGAAUGAAACCUUGAAAUGGUGUGAAGAUGGCACCCGGGGGAACAAUAAAUUCAGCCAGCAACAGCUUUGCGUGAUGAAGGAUCGGAAAAUGCGCCUCGAAGUCGCGUGGCGAAAAAGAAUUCUCUUGAGGGUCCCUCUGAGCUCUAAGCGCGGUUCCAGAAUUGACGGGUUGAUGAUCCUGACGCAGGACAUGUCAGCCCAAAACACAGCGGAUAGGAAGAUAGUUGGCAUGGUUGCAAGUGAAUCAGUAACAUGGAAUUGGGGAGAUUGCAGGGUGUCGAAUCAGAAGUAG